ACAAAGGUUUGUAAAAGCAGCAAACAGCUCGGAGCCCAGAGACUUGCUCGCGGAUUGUCUUUACUUUGUGAUGGACAAUGAUGCUGUCUUUUAUCGGGAGCUGCCAAAAGUGGAGCUUCACGCUCACCUCAAUGGUUCUGUCAGCGCGCAAACCAUCGAGAAGCUUAUCAGCCGAAAGCCACAUCUCAACAUUGAACACAGCAUGACUGCCAUCGGCAAAGGACAGCGGAGGACUCUGGAUGAGUGCUUUGAAGUCUUCAGGGUCAUCCACAAGUUGGUGGACACUGAGGAGGAUAUCCUGAUGGUGGCUACAGAUGUUAUCAAAGAGUUUGCAGCUGAUGGUGUCAAAUAUUUAGAGUUAAGAAGCACACCACGUGAAGAGAGAGAUACAGGACUGACAAAGAAGACUUACAUUGAAACGGUCAUCAAAGCCAUCCAGAAGUGUAAGGAGGAGGGAGUGGACAUUGAUGUCAGGUUUCUGGUAGCCAUUGACCGCAGGAAUGGGACUGAAGUUGCCUUGGAGACGGUGAAUUUGGCUGAGGAGUUCAUGCUGUCAUCUGAUGGUUUAGUGGUGGGAGUUGACCUCAGUGGAGAUCCAACGGUGGGCCAUGGCAAAGAUCUGCUUCCUGCCCUACAGAAGGCCAAAAACUCUGGACUGAAGUUGUCACUGCAUCUCUCAGAAAUUCCAUCACAGCUGGAUGAAUCAGAUUUGCUGUUGAGUCUUCCUCCUGACAGAAUCGGUCAUGGCACCUUCUUACAUCCUGAAGUCGGUGGAUCUCAAAGCCUCGUUGACAAAGUGGUUCAGAAAAAGAUACCAAUAGAGCUGUGCCUGACAUCAAAUGUGAAAGGCAACACUGUGCCGUGUUACUCCAAACAUCAUUUCAAGUACUGGUACGAGCUGGGACACCCAACUGUACUUUGCACCGACGAUAAAGGAGUCUUCUGUACGGACUUGUCUCAGGAAUAUCAGCUGGCAGCUUCCACAUUCGGUCUCAGUCAUGAAGCCGUGUGGAAGCUCUCUCAGCAGGCCAUAGACUGCAUCUUCGGACCAGAGACUGUGAAGCAGCAGCUUAAAGAGAAGUGGAAUGACUUACAUCCUCAGCUUUUCAAGUGAUCG